UUACGCAACACUAUCUCUCCCUCUUUUAAAGAUGGACACAAAAACAAGCACUAUUUAUACACAUGAUUAAGUGUUUGUAAGUAGUAAUAUCUCAACUGUUUAACUAAGAGUGUUCAGUCUCUAGGGUUUACAAAUCAUGUGUAGACUUAUCGAUCUCAAUACUGUCAACGAAGAUGAUGAUGAAACGACGCCGUACUCGUUUGAUUCAUCGGCCUCGUCGUCUUCAUCUACUCCGGUUCCGGUUAAUGUGACGACUUCGUCACCGGCGGUGUGUUUGGAGUUAUGGCACGCGUGUGCUGGACCGUUGAUUUCGCUGCCGAAGAAAGGGAGCUCGGUGGUGUAUUUGCCGCAAGGUCAGCUGGAAUACAUGAAGGAUGUUCCAGAUGCUGCUUAUCAUCUUCCUGCUCACGUCUUUUGUCGCGUGCUUGAUGUCAAGUUUCAUGCUGAGGCAGCUACAGACGAGGUUUAUGCACAAGUUUGUCUAAUUCCGGAAUCCCAGAUUGAGGUGAAAUGGUGGGAAGGAAAAUCUGAUGCACAGGCUGAAGAUGAAGAGACUGAAUUUGUGGUGAAAUCAAUGACACCACACAUGUUUUGCAAGAAUCUCACAGCUUCGGAUACUAGCACACAUGGAGGUUUUUCUGUUCCUCGAAGAGCUGCUGAAGACUGCUUUCCUCCGCUGGAUUAUAAACAACAAAGGCCUUCGCAAGAGCUUGUAGCGAAAGAUUUGCAUGGUCUGGAAUGGAAGUUUCGGCACAUUUACAGGGGUCAGCCCCGCAGACAUUUGCUGACUACUGGUUGGAGCGCAUUUGUCAAUAAGAAGAAGCUGGUCUGUGGAGAUGCUGUUCUUUUUCUCAGGGGUGAUGAUGGAGAACUGAGGCUGGGGAUUAGAAGAGCAGGCCAGGCUAAAAGUGGAGCCAAAUUUGCUUUAGCUUGUACUCUGCAGUUGAAUGAUAUUGCUUCAGUGGUGAAGGCCAUAUCUACGAAAAGUGUCUUCAACCUUUGCUACAAUCCAAGGUCUAGCUCGUCCAAUUUUGUGGUACCCUUCUACAAAUUCUCGAAGAGCCUCAGCAAUUCUUUUACACCUGGGAUGAGGUUCAAAAUGCUCACUGAAACAGAAGACGCCACAGAGAGAAGGUGCCCUGGACUAAUAAUUGGUAUCAGUGACGUUGAUCCUCUGAGAUGGCCUGGUUCGAAAUGGAGGUGCUUAAUGGUUCGUUGGGAUGAUAUGGAAGUUACACAACAUAACAGAGUUUCUCCAUGGGAGAUCGAACUCUCUAGUUAUGUUUCAGGAGCAAGCGGUUUGGUUUUGCACAGUAUGAAAAGGAGCAGGAUUGGUUUUCCAACACAACCAGAUCUUCCAGUCUCAAGAGGGACAGGACUAUCAGACUUCAGGAAAUCUUUAAGGUCCGAGAAGGUCUUGCAAGGUCAAGAAAUUAACAGUUUUCAUGCCUCUUUUAAAGGUGCUCAUGCUCAAAAACAUCACCCUCCCGAUAAAAGGGGAUGGUAUCCUGGUUCUGUAAGCUGCGACUCUGCAAUAGGUAGUGGUGCAAGGUCCAACUUAAGAAAUUCUGAAAAGUCAUGUGAUGGGGUUGACUUUGGUGAAUCUUUGCGACUCAAUAAGGUCUUACAAGGUCAAGAAACAUAUUCAAAGCAUCCAUAUGGAAAAUGUCCCCAAGCUACCUUGGGAAAUGGUGAUCCAGGACACAUGAAAGGUGUUCAAGCAAUAAGCGAUGGAACUGGGUGCCCCUUUCUGAUGCCGGGUUACAGUACUUGUGUGCGCCCGUCAACACCAUUGGUCAAAAUGUCUUCGCUAUCUGUUCCAAAGUUCCAUGAAUCAAGCAUUUCAGACCCUAAAUUUGGUGCAAUAUCUAGUCUUAAUAGUUGGGAGAAGCUGGAAAGCAACAAUUAUGGUUCCUUAAAUAGAAGAUUUGACGGAAGAAUCACACCAUCUUCUCCUUGUGUGAUAGAUAGCAAAUUUCAGACAGAAUCCCGACAGGGCCUUGCUUCUAUUGGUCUUCCCAAUGAGCAAAAACAACUCGCUUUGCUUAAGCGUCCUCUUGAAACUCAAUUGUCAAAUAAAGGAAGUUCUAAUUUACUUUCAACAUGCGAAAAUAGUUGCAGACUCUUUGGAUUUCCCUUGACUGAGAGCAGCCACGUCCAUAAGGAGUGCAAUCCUAAUUGGGUUCAGUCCCCAUAUAUUCAACAAAGCUCUCAUCUCCCUCAGCGUGAUGAGCAGUUCUAUUCACAUUCUUUGUCAACAACCAAGAUGGUCGGGGGAAGCUGUACCAAAGCAAGUGACAUCUAUACUGCAAGGGAUAUGCUUCUUGAUAUUGCAAUGUAGUGAAAGCUUGGACUCACCAUUAGCUGGCACCUGAUUCUGUAGGAGCACAUAUCUAAAGACUAAAAGGUUUUGGAGCAUCGCUAUACAGUCAAAAUGCCUCGUGUUUUGCUUUCGCAUAACAAGGAUGCCUGUGCUUGUAUCAAAAGUAAGUAAAGUGUUAUUACUCUGAUUCUUUUCAGGGCACAGGUUAAAGUGUGUUUAAUACACCUUGGUAAUGUGGAUCUAGUUUUUUUUAUGGAGUACCAUUAUUGUGACAA